AAACAACAACAACAACUAUACGAGCAGCAGUCACAACAACCUUCAAGAAUUCCUCUUCAAUACAAUAAAGCUUCAAUAUGCCCGCAGCCAGUUCUCACUCGCGGCUCUUCUUCUACCUGUUGUGCGUCGCCUCGCUGUUGGCUGUAUCAAAAUCGGAUACCGGUAGUACAAAGAACUCUUAUUUUAUGUCGUAUUUCUAUUAUCUGGUUGUUAACUUUAUCAAUCCGUUUGCAAUGCCCAUCUUUUAUCGCUUCGUACACAUCUUGCCGCUGCAGCCACCUGCUGAGGAUUUAGCCUAUGAUGCGGCCUUGCAGUUGGGCAUAUUGACGCAUCGACUCAAUCAGUUGGCCCACGAGGAAGAGUCGCGGCAAUUAGGCAUCACAAAUUUAACACUCAACAACCUGGUUAGUCGUAUACCCUGUAACUGCGACACGGGUCUCUGCAAAUGCUGUGCAGGUUUUCUCUCGGUGAUUGGCAUGAACAGCUGCACAGAGGUCGCCUAUCGGCCGGAUGAGUUUUCCUUUGAGCUGCGCAUGCGCGUGAACAAUAACAUUUGGUUCCGCCGCAAGGUCUCCGGGCAGAAUCCACCGCCCUUUUGCUUCAGGCCACCUCGCUUCAACUUUGCGCGCGCCUGCAUUCAGUUCCACGAUAUUUGGUUCGUUGGGCGCAACAUGCAUGUCUGCAUGUACAUGUCCGGGGAGUUUCAGGGCUUCGAGCUCUUUGAGCGCAACUUUGAUUGCCUGCUCUUUGGCGAUCACGGCGUGAAAAUCGUGCCACCCGAGCAGGGCUAUCCGGUGAGACCCAACGAUGUGGACAUAGAUGAUGCAGAGGAUGAGAUUGAGGACUAUGAUGAGAAUGUUGUCCGCAGCUUAGCCGAAAAGAUGAUUAGUUGAUUGCUGUCCGUUGAUAUUAAGCAUGGCAUAUUUAUUCCAGCACCUCCUUCCUACCUCCAACUCCCUGGAGAACAUGUCAGAGAAUGCUUAUCCCCUUCCACCUUCCAUUCCAUCCAACAACCAAUUCCUCCUAUCAUAUAUCAUAUUUGUCAUAUCCCUCUCUAAAUAUUUAUUAACAUUCAUUCCUGUACACCUA